UUAACCUUUGAGGUGUAACUCAGAUGGGAUGACCUUUAAAAAGCCUCGACGCCCAUAUGAGAAGGAGCGAUUUGAUGCAGAGUUAAAACUUGUCGGAGAAUAUGGAUUGAGGUGCAAGAGGGAGCUUUGGAGAGUUCAGUAUGCUUUGAGCCGUAUCAGAAAUGCUGCAAGAAUGCUUCUGACCUUGGAUGAGAAAGACCCACGUCGUAUUUUCGAAGGUGAAGCACUCUUGAGGAGGAUGAACAGAUAUGGGUUAUUGGAUGAGAGCCAAAACAAGCUCGAUUAUGUCUUAGCCCUUAAUGCGGAGAACUUUCUUGAGCGUCGUCUCCAAACCCUUGUCUUCAAGACUGGCAUGGCUAAGUCAAUCCACCAUGCUAGACAGGAAGAAGAAAAUACUCCCGAUGAAAGAUUAUAUUAG